CCGACUGCAAACGAUGAAGGUCGCCGUCGCCAUCGCGUGCGCUGCGGGCGCUGCUGCCUUCGUGUCUCCGACGCGUUCCGCACUUAAAGCGCCGGCCCGCGUGGCCGCGCCGGCCCGCGUGGCGCCGACGGCCCUCGCGCUGCCCUCUUUGCGCCGCGGCGCGCCCAAGACGGUCCUCCGCGCCGAGGCGUCCGCGGCGACGGAGAAGAAGGGCUUCCCCGUCGACAUCCCGCUGCUGUCGUACUUCUUCUUCUGGUACCUGGGCAACUACUACUACAACAUCGCCAACAAGCAGGCGCUCAACGCCGCCGGCGGCGCCCUGGGCUACCCCAUGACGAUCUCGACGCUCCAGCUCGGGCGGGACGAGGGUGAUUCAAGAUCGCUUCAACACGAGCUCCAGCUCGGCAUCGGCGCCAUCUACGCGAUGUUCCUCUGGAUCGCGCCCGACGCGCGGUCCUUCCCGAAGAUCAAGCCCGCCGACAUCGUCAAGCUGCUGCCCGUGGCCUUCUGCGCCGCCGGCGCCCACGCGGGCUCCGUCUUCGCGCUGUCCGCGGGCGCGGUGUCGUUCGGCCAGAUCGUCAAGGCCGCCGAGCCCGCGUUCGCCGCGGUCAUCGGCGUGUCCCUCUACGGCAAGCAGAUCAGCAAGGCCAAGUGGCUCUGCCUCAUCCCCGUCAUCGGCGGCGUCGUCCUCGCGUCGCUCAAGGAGCUCGACUUCGCCGUGUCGGCGCUCGUCGCCGCGUCGAUCGCGAACGUCUUCGCGGCGUUCAAGGGCAACGAGAACGCCAAGUGCAUGGAGACGCCGGGCCUCAAGGACCGCCUCGGCUCCGUGGGCAACCAGUUCGCGUUGACGACGAUCCUCUCCUUCCUCAUGUCCAUCCCCCUCGUCAUGGUGACCGGGGAGUCGUUCGCGGGCUUCUCGGAGCUCUGGAAGACGAACCCCGUCGUCCGCCUCAACGUCAUCGCGUCGGGCCUCUUCUUCUACGGCUACAACGAGCUCGCGACCAUGACCAUCAAGAAGACGUCCGCCGUCACGCAGUCCGUCGCGAACACGGCCAAGCGCGUCAUCGUCAUCGUCGGCGUCGCCAUCGUCAUGGGCGAGAGCCUCAACCCGCUCAAGCUCGCGGGCUGCGCCAUCGGCAUCGGCGGCGUCUUCCUCUACUCCGUCAUCGACCAGCUCGUCGGCAAGAAGAAGUAG